CAACUUAAAGGUCAAGGGAAACAAUUCGAAAACGAGGCCGUUCGUGCAAUAUGGCUGACGCUCCAUUUGUGUUGUACAAACUAAAACAUCAUCAACGCCAUUUAGUAACUGUUUCAAAGCGGUAGAGGUGUCUUCCAAGUAGUAGAGGGUUUUGUUAGAGCUGUUAUGCUGACCCACUCAAGCAUCAUCACAGAAAGCCAUCAUUCUGCUAGUCUUCAACCACUGUUGCAGGAUCAUCCCAGAUUUCUGGCAUCUUGUUUCACUGGUUUGAGUCAUCAUGAAAUACAGGACACGAAGCAUUUUAUUCCUAUAUUAAUAAUUCCUAUAAGCAUAAUAUUCAUACAGUAUGACUACUAUACUGCUAUUUAAAUUAGAGAAGUUCAGAUUACACAAAAAAAAGUCCAAAGCUGCCAAUUUUAUGUUCAGAAAAGCAGAAUUAUAGAAAGGUAGAGUUCUGGAAUUCUCCACCUGUUGUGGAUAGCUAUGGUCAACUGUGAAAAGCCCUACUUGCCAGGCCUUUCCUGGAAUGGCAACCUGGAUGAAGAGCAGGUGCAGUGUGAAUGAUGUUCGAGUGCACAGGGGACCAACACGUGCUAUUUCAGGACCAAGCAUGCAGACUCUUGAGGACCCCCAAGAACAUGGGAAAUUUGAAGUCAAUGGAAACUAUGCUGUCAAUCCAGAGUUAGUAAUAGCCUUUGGAGAUCUAGCACCAGAUCCAUUUGUUACCUGUUCAUGUGAAUAUGUUAGUCAGCUGAUGGAGGGAACAAAGGUGACUGUUGCCAAUGGAGAGGUUGGUAGGGGUGAGAAUGAGAAGGAACCUGAAGAAGCCAAUGAUGGUUGUGAGACUGGGGUUGACUUGUCCACAGGCCAUGUGAACAGCAUUGUGAGCGUUAGUGACUGCACUUCUAGUGGCAAACUGAAGGGCAGGGGAGGGGGGCAUUGCCAUAGGUCAAAGGACAAAAUGAUGACCUCUCAUGCUCACCACCCUAUAGAGGACACAUCUCAAUCCAGGGAGGAGCACUUGUGCACAGUACCUCACCUGUUAGAGCACAGCUUAUCCUACUCCAUCUUGGAGCAAACCAGCAAUGACAUUCUCUCACAGUUUAAAAAAUCAGGCAUCUUGUCCAACAUCCAUGCAGAAGUAGAGCGUUCUUGUGGACACCAGUCUGACCAAUCACUCAUUAGCAAAGCAUGCAGUGAAGAAGUGUGUAACAUGGACACUGCAGCUGUUGAAGAUGGGAGGGAAGGAGCUCAGUCAAGUAGCUCACAAGUGGCAGCAUCAGAGUCAGAUUCUGAGGUCUGUGAUCAGACAAGAAGUGGGGAGGAUGAUGAGUUGGGGCCAGAGCCCAUCAUGCCUAACAGUGUUCCCAAAAGGCCUCUUUGCCUGCCAAGACCAUUUCGCUUUUCACUGAGGGAGCGCAGAUUAAAAGAUAACUGUGAUAUGUCAGAGGGACCUUCUUCUGCUGUUGGACGUAGUGGCAGAAGUAGGAUACCCCCACCUCGGCAGUCCUGGCUGCUGAGACUGUUUGAGUCAAAACUGUUUGACAUGUCCAUUGCAAUAUCAUAUCUCUUCAACUCCAAAGAGCCUGGUGUGCAGACUUACCUUGGAAAUCGUAUGUUCAGCUUCACAGAAGACGAUGUAGAUUUCUACCUGCCACAACUUCUCAACAUGUACAUUCAUAUGCAUGAUGUGGCAGAAGCUGUGCACCCCUACUUGCUACACAGAUGCCGUAGUGACGUGGUAUUUUCUGUCAAUGCGGCAUGGCUGCUUAGUGCUUUUUCAGCAGAUGUUCUGAAACCUAACUGGAAGAACUCGCAAGGCGUCAAGUUAAAAAACAUGCUUCUCAACGAAGAACUCGGGCCUUCUUUAACACCUAAAGUUCACAGUAAUCUUCCUAGUCCUAACUCCCCAAAUCCUCCUGGCUUGUCUGGCAUGAAGAAGACACAUCAUCGAUCAAGAUCUGAGGCAACGGAUUCCAUGCUACUGGCCACAAUGCCUGAAGCACCUACACGAGGCAAGAUGUCCAAACUUUCAACUAGUGAAGGGAGGAUAGACUGCCUGCUCAUGAAGCACAGUGAGAGUGUCUCCACUCUGCAGACACCAGGAUCUACUGCUGGCGACUUGGCCUCAGGUCGGGCAUUUGACAAUGGGUGCAGAUGCAUGUUAAGCUCUGAGGCACUGCUCAAUGAUCUAACUGGCCGACAGACAGUGUGUCAGUGCAAUGCCCCCAGAUUACAACCUGAGGUGGAAUUUGUAGAGGCUUUAAUGAACAUUGGCAAAAGGCUGCAGGCUCUACCCACCAAAGAGUUAAGAACUUCAAGGCUAAUAGCAGAGUUAGCCAUGCUCAACUUGAAUCUACCAGCACGAGUUUGGCUGCCAGUGGCAGACAACUGUAACCAUCAUGUGGUUCGCAUUCCUCACACUCAAGCAGUUGUCCUCAAUUCUAAAGAAAAAGCUCCAUACAUGGUGUAUGUGGAGGUACUUGAGUGUGAAAACCCUUUGACAAGCUGUCUUCCAAGUAAAAUGCUGGACAACACCUUGCGUUUCACUCGUUCAGAGGAGGACUUGUCCCACAUCAACCAUCAUCAGGCUGCCACUGUAGCACUGCGGUCAGAGUUCAGUGUUUAUGGCAGCACUACAGACUUUGAUGAUGCGGACUGCUGGUCGCAAGAGGAUGAUGACAUUAUGACUCUGGCGCUCAAAUGCCGCUCUAGCGACACCAUCUCCCAGAUCUCCACAGAAAGCUCUGCCAGUGCUGACAGCAAAGACCCUAUCUACAUUGCUGCAGGGGACAUCAGGCGUCGACUGUCUGAAAACAUCUCUGCCCCUAAGAAGAAGUUUGAGCGGGAUCCUGAGGAUCCAUCAGCUGCUGCAUUGAAAGAGCCAUGGGAGGACAAAGUAGAGCGUAUCCGAGAAUCUUCACCCUAUGGGCAUCUACCUCAUUGGUCGCUGCUUUCAGUGAUUGUUAAGUGUGGAGAUGAUCUUCGACAGGAACUUAUGGUCUAUCAAGUUCUCAAGCAGUUGCAGACCAUCUGGGAAAUGGAACAUGUACCGCUUUGGAUUCGCCCCUAUAAAAUAGUAGUGACAUCCAAUGACAGUGGAAUGAUUCAGCCUGUGUUGAAUGCAGUCUCACUACACCAAAUUAAAAAACACAGCAAGUGCUCCCUGCUGGAUUACUUUGAGCAGGAAUUUGGCCCUAUCAACAGCGAGGAAUUUCUGACAGCCCAGAAAAACUUUGUGCAGAGCUGUGCAGGCUAUUGUCUGGUUUGCUACCUGAUGCAGGUGAAAGACAGGCAUAAUGGAAACAUUCUUCUGGAUGCUGAUGGUCACAUCAUUCAUAUUGACUUUGGCUUUAUCCUCUCAACUUCACCAGGGAAGAACCUAGGCUUUGAGAAUUCACCCUUCAAGCUAACACACGAGUUUGUUGAGGUAAUGGGAGGACAAGGCAGUGACAUGUUUGAGUACUUCAAGAUCCUCAUGCUGCAAGGCUUUGUGGCCUCCCGCAAACAUAUGGAUAAGAUUAUGCCUAUUGUUGAGAUUAUGCAGACAGGUUCCCAGUUGCCGUGCUUCAGCAAAGGGGUGAGCACAGUACGGGCACUCCGUGAGCGCUUCCACAUGAACAUGACAGAGGAGCAACUGCAGUUGUUGGUGGAUAACCUGGUGGAGUCCUCCCUUCACUCCCUCACCACCAAGCUCUAUGAUGGCUUCCAAUACCUCACCAAUGGCAUCCUUUGAGUUGGCAUCACCUGUGUCAGAAGCUAGUAGACAUCUCAUUAAAUCUUGUUUGUAGGGUCUGGGGUUGACUGUCUGGCCCUUCAUUUAGAUGAAAAACGUUGGUAGGUCCCAUUUCUGUGAAUAAAACAGAGCUGCACCAGCAUGCAGAGAGGAGAUGAUGGGAAGUGGUGCCUUAUGUAACAACUGACCAGCAGGGUAUGGAGUCCUCAUCAUCCACAUGCAGCUUCACAGAAGUGAUCGCAUGGCACCUGCUUGUUAAGGUUUUGAGGAGAGAGAAUCCAGCUGGCACCGUGCCUGUAUUUUGCGGUCCUUGAAACUAGAAAACACAGGCCUGUGUGCUUGAAGGAAGUUCAGCUACUAGAUCAUAUAAAACACUUGUUGGAGUGGCUAAUCUGCUGCUUCUGCAUCAGAUAAGAGAGGAAUUCAGCAGUGAGAGGAUGGUGGCUCACAUUGUACAAAAGGGUACAUAACAACGGUCAGCCUUUUGAUUCUGGUGUCACCUUGUCUACAUAACAUUGCUUAUUAAUGAUUUUAUUAUUCCGUCAAGAUCUCAAGAACAGACUGUAAUUUGUGGUGUACAGCAUGUGAUGUUACUGCACACACUAGUCAUCCCACAGCCAGGAGGUGGUAACUUCACAGACACUACUUGCUUAGCCUCUAUGAAAAGGGAACUUGACAGCAGAACAAAGGAUUGUGAUACACAGAUCUCUGAUAUUUAUCAGUUCUCCAUAUUCAGGUUAGAUGGUUGGGAACUGAGCAGUUACUUUCCAGGUUUCAGCAGUUGGUGCAGAGCCUGUUGACUGUUAUCGUCAGGCUAGCACAGGUGAGAUGUGUCUGUUGAUCUUUGCGUUCUACUUAAAGGGGAAAAAACCUGACUGCACAUCUUCAGAGCCAUGCGUUUUAAGAAGAUAGCUUGCUCUUCAAGGGAUGUAUUUAUUUAAAAUUGCUACCAUUUUUCUGUAUUUGGAGUUCACCUAGAUCAGGGACUAAAGAGAGGCAACACAUGUAAGAAGAAAUUAUUGAUAAUUCAAGGAUACAGCUUGUGGCAUCAUGGAAGGUGAUAUAGAUAUUCCAAGAAAAUUUUUAACAUGGAAAGUGACUUAAAUAUUUCCCUCCAGAAAUUUGCAACAGAGUGUUGUUGGGUCCAUCAUUGAUUGCACUCUCCAUACAGAAACCCUGAAAAUUCCUGCUGUGAUCAGCUCUAUUACUCUCCUCACCUCCUGGUUAAUAUACAAAAGUUUUACGGGCAGAUGUGAAUUUACUAAGCUUUUGUGGGGUGCUUUUUGUAAUUUCUAGAGGUUUCCUGCCAAAUAUUCAGUUAUAAGACAAACAUUUGGUGUGCCCUCAGGAAUAAAUGUGAAUGAAAAGUGAAUUGAAAAUCUCAACCACAACAACCAAAAAAAAAAAAAAAAAAAUGGGGGGGUGCAUAAGUAAUUCAAUAAAAUUUUAUAGCUUGGUUUUCAGUUCCUAGAGUAAUAGAAGAAAGUUUCCAUGGAUUAUAAUGAAAUUUAUUUUGCAGUUGCCAUCCUUUCCCCUCUAUUAGUGUUUCAAGGCUGAAAAUCAGGUCUGAAGCUUCAUACAUGGAUCUAUUUAAAAAGCAGUUUUGUUGGGAUUUUCUAGUGCCAGUGAAAAACAUUGAUGUCCAGAAAUGUGGCAUUAUUAGUGUACCAUAUCUAUGUAGUCGUGAGCAAGUGGCACUGCGUGUUCAGUUUUAAAAUGGUGUACUCAUUCUGAUAACAUUUUAUUGUGAACCCUAUUUGCUACCCUUAUACCUGUCAGUCUUCCCCAUUACCUUUAUAUAAAAACUAAAAGGUCACACAUUUUUCACCUAGAAUGGGAUUGCUCUAGGUGUGAAGAAUAGGUGUGUAAGAUAAUAACAAUGUCAUAGUGUUAAUGAUGUGUUGAUGUACAUUCAUGUGUGAUUCCCUUCCCUUUCCCCUGUGGUCAUAAACAUUGUUUUUCUUUUACUGAGGAUGAUGUUGGACUACAAGAUACAUAAGUAUAUACAAAACCACUUAACAAAAAUCAGCUCAUUGUAAAAAUUUAAAACUUUGCUAUCUGGAAGGUAUUUCGAACGUCUUGUAAAACAUUACUUGCAACAGGCUGACAACAAAGACAGUUACAACUACUGCAGUGUAUUAACAAAUUUGAGUUUUAUUUGACAGAAUAACCAAAGUAGGCAGCUUUAUUCAACUGCACAUAAUUUUUAAAAUAGCUGCCCUAACCAAAGAGGCUGAAGUUGUCUCCUAAAAUUUAAUACUUUUGUAUUUUGAAUGCUAAAGGCUGUUGUAGCUUGAUGCUUCCAUCAACAGAGAUGAAUGUUUCAUAACACUGCCACAUCUGCCAACCAUGUCACGUGCUACUAUGAGUGCAUGUGCAUAUUUCUCUUUUUAAAAGAUAAUUCCAGAUCUUUGUAUACAGAACUAAAUGCAUCAUUAUAUGUAAAACUUUAUGCUUUAUGUCAUCAUGGGGAGGUUAUGCAGUUGAUGCGUAGCAAUGUUCUAAAUAUGCUUUUUUUUAAUUUUUGGUAAUUCUGACUUUCUGACUGUGCCAUAAAUAAGGCCCCAUUUUUGAGACACUUCAGUACUUACAUUUCUGUAAAAGUUUGCCUGUUUGUUUCUUUGUUUCAUCUCUGGGUGGAUGGGGAAAAUUGACUGCAGCCAUUGGCGUAUAACUGUAUUGUGUGAAAUACAAAUUUACUAAGAUAUUUUGGCAAUUUUAUGGCAAACGAAAAAUGUAUUUUGAUGCAGCUCAUGAGAUAAUGCUAUACUCUAUUGCCUUGUUUUUGUGGAUACAGAUGGACACCUGGUGUAUUUUGCCACACUGUACAUUACAUAUAAACCCCGUGUGCUGUCACUGCUGCUUAGUGGAGGCUAUUUGAAAUAUCAGUUGUUUAUGCCAAGUUUUACUACGCAUACAUGGAAAAGUAUUUCCAGGGAAAUGUAUGCAGGGACGCUUGGUGUAAGCAAAGAAUGGUUAAAAAUGCCCAUACAUUUAGUCAGCAUAAAAGAUGGAACCACAGCUCAUCUCAAAUUGUACAUAACUAUUAGACAGCGCUGUACAGUCUUCAGCUAUUUUAUUUGCGCCAUACAGUUAGACAUUAUGCAAAUGACAGAGAAACUGCGGCAUUUUUUUCAAUCUGGUGCUGGUUCUGUUCACUAUGAGCACCUGGGGCUGUAGUUAUGAAGUGAGGGCAAGUCGUUGUCCUGGGUGACCGGGGAAAUCAAAAGUAAGCAUCUUGGAAUUACAAAGCAGCGAUCUUUGGAUAUUUCUUUGCUACCCUAUCCCUGAUCAUCUUUCCCACUUUUAUAAUAUGGCCCCAAGGGUAAAGCAGCAUCCACAGGGUCAGGACACUGUUUUUGUAACAAAACGCUUGCUUAUGAUUGCCCUGUGUUGCUGUUACGAAACAACUUCGUAACUACAACCCCUCUAGUCUGUGCCGGUUGGGUUUUCCAUGUAUGAUUUUUUUGUUUUACCAUUUUUGUCUCAUUCUCACUCUAGUCACUUCAGUACCAUGGAAGAGAUUAGAGGAUGUAAAGAAUGUACUGUUAUCCUUGCCAGUACUGUGUUGCAUUCAUCUGUAGCACCCCAGAAAUCUGUCCAGCUUGUACCACUGUGCAGCCUUUGGAGCAGAACUUGAUAGCUUGAUGUGCUGUACAUAAGCAAUAUUGCAGCACUGCUGUGCAUCUGUAGAAACAUGAUCUGUAAGAAUAUUGUGCCUGUGAUUUGACCUUUUUUGUGUAAAAAUUUCACCUAUGAUGACAUCCACAGAUUUGUUUGCCUGCUUUGUAGCCAAGGGAUUGUGAACCUGGAUUUGAGGGGGGAAAAGAUUUUAAACUGUCCUAUAUUUCAUUA